CUCCUCUUGAUCUCGUAGCUGAUCCGUCCACCUCAGUGUCGGUUUCUGAGGCGCUCACAUCGGCACGUUUCUUGGUUACGUGUGGCAUCAUUCUUUAUUCCUGUGAACAUAAGGUCCUUUACUGGGAUUUUAAAUUAGCAGAGAGAUUUUCCUGCAGGAACGCAUUCGGUUCGUCGAAAUGGGCGCUCGCGUCUCCCGAACGGACUUCGAAUGGUCGUACACCGCCGAACCUCAUGCUUCGCGGAGAAAGGAAAUCCUUGGCAAGCAUCCAGAAAUUAAGCAUUUAAUGGGACCUGAUCCAAAUUCAAAAUGGAUUAUAACUGGAAUGGUGCUCUUCCAAAUUCUUUCCCUCUUCGUCGUGAAGGAAUUCAGCAAUCUGGGGCUCUUCCUUGCUGCAUAUGUAGUCGGAGGAACCAUCAACCAUUCAUUGAUGCUAGCCAUCCAUGAGAUAUCCCACAAUCUUGUCUUUGGACAUGGAUAUCCGACUGCUAACCGGUUAUUUGGAAUCUUUGCAAAUCUGCCGAUCGGUCUGCCAUUCUCUCCUGCCUUCAAGAAGUAUCACAUAGAACAUCAUAAAUUUCAAGGAGACGAAAAGCUGGAUACUGACAUACCAACGAAGUUGGAGGCCAUACUCUUCAAUCGUACGGGGACCAAGCUACUCUGGCUCUUUCUUCAGCCUUUAUUCUAUGCCUUUCGUCCUGUUAUGGUUUAUCCAAAAGUCUUAACUCCUUUGGAAAUCAUCUGCAUCAUCGCCCAGUUAUCAUUUAAUGCAAUAGUUGUUCAAUUCUUCGGAUGGAGAGUACUGGCAUAUUUGAUUGGUGGGAGUCUGUUGGCUAUGGGUGUCCAUCCUGUUGCUGGCCAUUUUGUGUCCGAGCAUUACAUGUUCAAGAAAGGAUAUGAGACAUACAGCUAUUACGGACCCCUAAACUGGAUAACUUUUAAUGUGGGAUAUCACAAUGAGCAUCAUGAUUUCCCUUAUGUUGCUGGUUCAAGGCUUCCAGAAGUGAAGCGGAUUGCACCAGAGUUUUAUGACGAUUUGCCUCAACAUAACUCCUGGGUCAAAGUCCUGUAUGAUUUUGUCACUGAUCCCGAAAUUGGCCCAUAUGCCCGAGUCAAAAGGAAGCACUUGGGGUUGGACUGAAUCUCCAUUCCUCGGUCCAUUUUCAUGUCCAGCUGCUUCUCCUUUACAUACUUGGUUCGAUUUUACUACGAAAAGUAAUUCCAAAAAAAGGCCGCAUUAAUCGCAUCGAGUUGAACCAUGCGAAGUGGGUACUUCAAACUAGAUAUGUGUUGGAGAAUAUAGGUUUUCGCAAAAGCUGCACAUAAUUACUUCAUUUAGUUUUGCAUUUCAUCAACCAUAUGAAAGAAAAUCUCAUUCACUUCGUGGAUUUUAGGAAAACCGUCAAUCCGCUACAUCUAAGAAAGUUGAUGAUUUUAUUCCACUAUUGGCUGUGACAAUCUCUACAUUCUAUUUCCAUUCUUCACGAUACGUUAUACCUGUACCACAAAUCAUGAUGAAAAUUGCAUGUUAUGGUCUAGCAAAGCUGCCGGUCGUCGCAAAAAAAUAAUUUCAUAUAAUGGGACAUAACCCGUAAACCUCGCGGUUUACCCUUUCCUCAAUGGAGUGAACUAACAACUGCGUGUACUUGUACCCGGAGAGAGCCAGAAUAAAGUUGACGAGUUGAGAAAUGUAACCGUG